GACCCGUGACGUAUAAGAAGUUCCGCGGGAAUGGGUCUUCACUCGGAAUCUUACCUUCUUACCUGAUGCACGUGCUUUGUGUGUUUUGUAUGUCCAUGCGUGGUCUCCUGCUUAUUUAGAAACACAGCUAGGUCAGCAUAUUUCUGCAAUGAAGAGAACUUCGCGAUAAUCGUACAGUUCUCCUUCAAACCACCUGUUACGAAACACCGGACUAUAAAGGACGGGAUUUGAUAAGAGGACUGCGCACACGGGUCAGAAUGAAGGGGCUUGCUGGUAUUUUUCUUCUCCUGUCAGGGUCGUGGGGAGCCGUGGUCGACAGACGGGCAACGGCUCAUUUCGACCACGGAAAGACAGUUGGUCACGUGAAUAGUCACACUGUGCGGGAGGAAUCCGGUCUGUGUGCCAGCAGACGACACACCAACAUUCUGUAUACCCAUAAUGACUCCGGUGAUAGCGCGCGCUUUUACGCCCUCGAUGCCAGUACAGGUCAUUUACAGGCGACCCUGACCGUGGAGGGGGCAACAAGUCACGACUGGGAGGAUAUAGCGUGCGGUCCCUGCGUGUUUGGGCACAGUGGGUGGUGUGUUUACAUUGGUGAUAUUGGUGGAAAUACCGGAAGUGGGGGAGAAAACAAGAUUUUCAUGGUGCGGGAACCACCCAGUAUCCGUACCAGAUCUCUUCAAGUAUUAGAAACGCUAAGAUUUACCUGGGAUGAACACAACGCCGAGACACUGAUGGUAGAUCCACAAGGAGAGCUAUACAUUAUUUCUAAAGUCGACGGAGGGAGAGGGAAAUUAUAUCACAUCCCUAAAGACGCGUGGGCGGAGUCGUCCCAUCGGUACCACCUGACAGGAGGACGGGAGAUGCCAACUCCUGAUCACGGACGAGGACCGGUAGCCGGCGACAUCUCGCCGGACGGACGGGAAGUACUGGUCAAGACCUAUCACAAAAUAUUUUACUGGAAUGUUGGGGACAGCCGUGACUAUAUGAGGACCUUAAUGAGCACCCCUAAACAGGUCCCGUACAUCAGCGAACACCAGGGCGAGUCUGUCUGUUGGGAGUCUAAUGGAAGUGGUUACUACACCAUUAGUGAAGGCACAUCAGAAGCACUCCAUUACUACAAGCGAUUGUCAUGAGAAUAAUUAGGUUAUCAAAUAAUAUAUAAUUCAUUUCC